GGCGGAGCGCCGUUUGUUUCACGUACAAAACCCUGAGAACCCAUAGACCUCGAUGCCGAGCUCCUGUCAACCCCUAUGACCCGCGAAGUCCUAUAAACUCCCCGGGGCCAUGGCAUCUGGAAUCGCCUUCUUCUCCUCAUUGCGACGACCACGUUUAUCCGGAUUUCCAUCUAAUUCUGCAAAAAUGCGGCCCCUCAGUAUCGACUCCAUCAACCCGGCCAUACUGAAGGUGCAAUAUGCCGUCCGAGGAGAGUUGGCGAUCAAAGCAGAGGAGCACCGGCUGAAGCUCACAAAAGACGACCACGGUUUACCCUUCAAAAGAGUCAUUAACUCGAAUAUCGGGAAUCCUCAGCAGAAGGGUUUGGAUCAGCCUCCAAUAACAUGGACGAGGCAGGUCUGUGCGUUGAUGGAAUGGCCGGCACUUAUGGACUUGGCUCCCCAAGUCUUCCCGAAGGACGUGAUCGCUCGUGCGAAGGAGUUGCAGGAGGAGAUAGGGUCUGUCGGGGCGUACUCCCACAGCCAGGGUGUUCCCCUUAUCCGAAAAAGCGUGGCGCAUUUUAUCGAAGAACGCGAUGGCUAUCCGUCUGACCCCAACCACAUCUUCCUAACCGCGGGGGCGUCCGCGGGCGUCUCGCUCCUCAUUUCCAUGCUCAUAACCCCGCCGAAGUCAGGUAUCCUCAUCCCCAUCCCACAGUAUCCCUUGUACACCGCUACCUUGGCCCAACAUUCCGGUAUCGCGAUUCCCUACCAUUUGGAUGAGGCUUCCGAAUGGUCGACGUCUUUGCACGAGAUCGAGGGUGCUCUGGAGAAGUCAUACAAGGAUGGCAUUGAACCGAAGGCACUCGUGAUCAUCAACCCGGGUAACCCUACGGGUGCACUACUGGACGAGCACACGCAGGAGGAGCUGGUCAAGCUCUGCGAGAAGCACAGUCUCGUCCUCCUGGCGGACGAAGUCUACCAGAGCAACCUCCAUCGGCCAGAAUCGCAUCCGUUCACUUCCUUCAAGAAAAUCGUCCGACGCAUGAACUCCCCCGUCCCGCUCUUCUCCUUCCACUCAAUAUCAAAGGGCGUGCAAGGGGAGUGCGGGCGACGAGGCGGCUACUUCGAGUGCACGAACAUCCCCGACGCCAUCCUUUCCCUCAUCUAUAAAAUGGUCUCUGUCGGCCUCUGCCCUCCGUUGACUGGCCAGAUCGGCGUGGACUGCAUGGUGCGCCCACCAAAACCCGGCGACGAGUCGUACCCGCUUUGGAAGAAGGAGACGGACGCGAUCCACGCAGCGCUCGCAUCGCGCACGAAGACCAUGGCCGACCGCCUGAACAAGCUGCCGGGCGUCUCGUGCGUCAGCUCGCCGGGCGCGCUGUACCUCUAUCCGAAGCUGGAGCUGCCCGAGGGCGCAAUCGAAGCGGCGAAGAAGGCGGGCAAGAGCCCAGACACCUUCUAUGCCCUGCAGCUGCUGGACGAGACGGGUAUUUGUGUCGUUCCUGGUGAGGGGUUCGGUAAGAAAGACGGCCACAACUAUUACAGGUUGACGUGCCUGUGCCCGGGCGUGGAGGAGUAUGUGGGUGCCCUGGAGCAGUUCCACCUCAACUUCAUGAAGAAGUAUGGUGGUCUCUAAUGUCUACUAGGGUAACUUCGGUCGUGGAUCUACAUGGGAAUGUAUUUCUUGCUGUCUCCUAGUUUCGAGAGCAUGCGUGAUUCAAGGGGCAGGAUGCCAGACAUGGCG